AUGGCUGAUCUUAAGGAACAGGAAAAAUAUAACGCAAUUUUACGUGCAGAAACAGCAGCAGCUGCUAGUCUGGUACAGGAAACAGCAGCAGCAGCUGCUAGUCUGAUACAGGAAACAGCAGCAGCAGCUGCUAGUCUGGUACAGGAAACAGCAGCAGCUGCUGCUAGUCUGGUACAGGAAACAGCAGCAGCUGCUGCUAGUCUGGUACAGGAAACAGCAGCAGCUGCUGCUAGUCUGGUACAGGAAACAGCAGCAGCAGCUGCUAGUCUGAUACAGGAAACAGCAGCAGCUGCUGCUAGUCUGGUACAGGAAACAGCAGCAGCUGCUGCUAGUCUGGUACAGGAAACAGCAGCAGCUGCUGCUAGUCUGAUACAGGAAACAGCAGCAGCUGCUGCUAGUCUGGUACAGGAAACAGCAGCAGCAGCUGCUAGUCUGUUUUACGCUUGUUUGAAGAAAAUUUAUGUAAAGCAAGUUGUAUACAUCCUGUUCACCUAG